AUGUCUGUUUCGUUAACUAUUUUUCAGUCAUCAUAUCUAAUAGCUACUAAUCGUGACCUUUUGGAGCAAAUUUUAGUGUGUUUACCAGUGAAAUCCUUGCUUAGAUUCAAAUGCAUAUCGAAGAAAUGGCUUUUUCUAAUAUCUGAUGCAUUUUUCAUUCAAGAACACUGCAAAAGAAACCACCACCCCAAACGUUUUUCAAUACCGGGAAUACUAUGUUCUGCCGGUAAUAAGAGACCUGUAUCUGAAAUGAUCUUCUUAGAUGGAUAUGUGGGUGUUCCUUUCACUUUUAAUACCCCAGCUUUCUUUGACGAUCCAACGGGCAUAGUAAUAAGCCAAUCUUGCAAUGGUCUUUUCUGUUGUCGUAGUGACAUGUUCAACAAAGCCAGUGAAAUAUACAUUUACAUCUUCAAUCCAUCCACAAAUCAUUGCAAAGUCCUUCCUACAUAUGAUCAACAAAUGGUAAACAUGGGCUUUCAUGUUAUUAGCAUUAGCUUAGCUUUUGAUCCCAUCAAGUCAAGUAAUUAUGAAGUAGUUGUUACUUGGUCCUAUGGUAGAACAAAGCGCAAUGGUAGAUGUAAAUAUCACAUUACAAUCUACUCGUCCAAAACAAACUCUUGGAGGCUCUCUGGAGAUGUCAUUUAUGCACCUGAAUAUGAUUUGUCAAAGUCUGGUGUCUUUUGGAAUGGUUUGUUGCACUGGUUAACAAUGGAUGAAACACAAGUGGUUUAUUUCGAUUUUGAUCAAGAGUCAUUUAAUAUAUUGGCGUUACCUUCGCCUCCAGAUGCUCCAAGAUUGGCCUAUAAGACUAAGAGGAUUAAGUACUUCCGAGAGUGUAGGGGGAAUCUGUACGUUAUUCAAACCUUUGUACAUGAACUUGUUGGAUGUUUCGAUAUCUUGGAGGUGAAAGUUGAUUACACCGGGUGGAAUAUUAAAUACCAUGUCGAUCUUCGAGGACUGACAAGGGGUUACCCAGAAAUUUCUAAUGUCUCUGAUUUCUCUGUUCUGUAUGUUCAUGAAAUGGAAGGGCAGGAGUCGUCUUCGAAGUUGGUAUUACGUGCAAGCAAUAAGGUUAUAUCUUAUGAUGUCGAAGAUGCCAGCUUUAAAGAAAUUCAGGAUUUACAACAAAAUCUUUAUGGUGUAAUCGCUGAUAAAGCAUUUCCAUACGUUGAAUCACUUGUUUGUGUUUAA